GACAAUUAGAAUAACACAUUGUACUUUCAAUAUGGCAGGCAUGCAAUUUGAGUACGAUGAAGAAGGAGGAACGUUCUUUUAUUUUCUCAUAUCAUUCUGGGCUUUGAUACUGAUCCCAUCCACAUAUUUUUUGUGGCCGUCAACAGAGAAAAAAGACGAUGAAGAAAAAAAGAGAAGAUGUCUGUGUCAAAAGUGCAUUACGAAAAGGGAAAACAUCGCAAAGGAAAAGGCUAGCAUCAAGCCAACUGUUAUUAAAAUUGGUUUGGCUGUUGGCUGGGUGAUAUUUAUCUUGCUGGCUUGGAAAGUUUCGAUGAUUCAGCUUGAUUAUGUUGAAUAUGACCCUUUUAAUGAACUUGGAAUUGACCGCGGAGCUUCUGCUGCAGAAAUCAAGCGAGCUUAUCGCAAACUCAGUUUGAUCUACCAUCCAGACAGAGAGACUGGCGACCCCAAGAAGUUCAUGAGAAUUGCUAAAGCAUAUGCAGCGUUAACAGAUGAAGAGUCGAGAAAGAACUGGGAAGAGCACGGAAACCCAGAUGGCCCUGAAGCAUUACGAGUUGGCAUUGCUUUACCAAAAUGGAUUGUUGAGAGAGAAAACUCUAUGUGGGUGUUAGCCCUGUAUGGGGUGGUCUUCAUGAUUGUCCUUCCUGUCGUUGUGGGCAUCUGGUGGUACCGGUCCAUCAAGUUUAGCGGAGACCAAGUUCUGCUGGACACAACUCGGCUUUACUAUUAUUUCAUCAACAAAACUUCGAAUAUGAUUUUGAAACGGGCAGUGAUGAUUCUGGCAGCUUCUUGUGAAUUUGACCGCAUGCAUAACGCAGAAGUGAUUGAGAGACCAACAGACAAUGAAGAACUGCCGCUGCUGAUCAAACAGCUCCAGAAUGUUCAGGAGAAGAAUAAGGAGCGUCCUUUGUGUUUUGCCUACAGUGUGAAGGCCAGGACUCUGCUGCUGGCCCACUUCCAACGUGUGCCUUUAAACCCCAACACGUUACAGAUUGACCAAGACUACAUCCUGAAGAAAUGUCCAUAUUUGAUAAAUGACAUGGUUAACAUUUGUGCCAGUCUGGUUGCCAUGGCAAUGUCUGGAAGAGUGAGCCAGCCCCCUCGUCUGGACUCAAUUGAGAAUAUCAUGAAGAUGAGCCAGAUGGUGAUCCAGGCCCUGGAUGAGAAGGCGAGUCCCUUGCAGCAGUUGCCGCACAUCACCCCUGACAUGCUCCGACAUUUUACCACCAGGAAGAGGGACAUCCGCCACAUCCGAGACUUUGUGAACAUGAACCACGAUGACAGACGCAAUAUGCUGCGCACACUCUCUGACCAGGAGUACAAAGAUGUGAUGACCGUGUGUUCACAGUUGCCUUACCUCGAGAUGAAAGUCAGGACAGAAGUGCUGGAUGAAGAGGACACAACUAUCACGGCUGGCUCUAUUGUGACUGUGACGGUGUCUCUGGUGCGAAAGGACAUGGGGGACAUGUUUGAGCAAGACAUGAUCCUCACCGACGAGGAGACGGCUGUGGAAGAGGCUGCCGGAGAGGUUGAUGGGGAGAACGAAGAAGAGAAUGAGGAUGAGGAGGCUGUUGAAGAAGGAAAUCAGGGAGAGGUAGCCAACGCGGCAGACAGCAAGAGCAAGAGCUGGGACAAAAACAAAGGCAAAGGCAAGAAGAAGGGAGGAAAGGUGAAGAAGAAGACCAAGCAGGUGUACCAGUGGAAGGCGGCUGCGCAGGCCAAGGUGGAGAGUGCUACUGCCGCCGCUGCUGCUGCUCAGAAGACAAGCACUGAGACUGAUUCUCCGAAACCAACCAAGUCAUCGAAAGCGGAGAAGAAAGAGGGCCAGACCGAAGAGGACGGAGAAGAUGCGUCGGAGGAGGAGGAGAACAACGCAACUGAGGAGGAGGAGGAAACUACACAAGAGACCAGCUCAAGCGCGGCCAAACCGGCCAAGGCCAAAAAAUCGACAGACGACGACGAUGAUGAUGAAGACUGGGAUAACUACAAGAUGGAGUCCAAGAAGGAGAACUCUCUAGACACUAAGAAAAAAGAAAGCCAUCUAGUCCAUUGCCCAUACUUUCCAGGAGAAAAGCAAGAGGGGUGGUGGGUGUACGUUGCAGAUCGCAAGCAUCACUUGCUCAUCACAGCUCCCGUUCAUGUGUGCAGUUUGAAAACAGAUGAAGAGGUGCAACUGAAGUUCUCGGCUCCUGACAAACCGGGACAUUUUCAGUUUACCGUGGUGCUCAGGUCAGAUUCUUACUAUGGCGACUUCGACCAGUCUCAGACGAUAAAGCUUGAUGUAAAGGAGGCUAAGGUGAUAGAGGACCAUCCGCAGUGGGACAUCUCAGAGGACGAGGAUGAGAAGGACAAGGAUAAUGAGGAUGAGACGGAAGAUGAUGACUCAGACUACAGUUCUGAAGACGAUGGCUCAGAGUGAUGUAACAACUAUUUCUUGCGGCGUUUGAUAUCAACAUUUUUUUCAAAGAAGAUAUCAUUCCAUCGGGUCAUGUAACUGAAAUUUCGACCAGAAAUGAUUUAUUUGCAGUAAUAGAUGAUAAUUCUGUUACGAGACUGGUAUAGAUAAUCAACUUAUGAAUGACCUACAGUGGCUGUUAACAUUUUACUUUCUUAUAGGUGACUCAUAUCACCUGUGUGUACAUUGCGAGAAAUACAAAGCAGGAAGCAAAGUGGUAAGACAAAGAGUUUUCAACACUGAGCCAAAUGUCAUUCAUUGUAAGUUGUUUCAGAUUUGAAGUUGCAGACAGCAAUGUUUUUCAUUUUUUUCUUUUUUCUUUUUUCCUUCUUUUGAAAAAUUUGAAAAUCAGAACUUGUAAUAUUUAGAGUAUUGAGAGUCUCUCAUUUGUAUGAUGAAAUGAAAUGAGGAGAGUAGUACAGGGUGUUUUUUUUAACCUUUCACUUUACUUCGGUUGUUGAAGUCAAGCAAGGGGGAUAUGUUUUCAUCUACCAUUGAUGUACUUUAUCAGUACCAUUGCGACGACUUUGACUCUUUGAAAUGAGAAGAGUUAAACUUUAUAUCUAUAGGUAAAGGAGAAGGUACUUUAGUGAAUAAAAUACACUGAAUUUAUGCUGGCUGACCGAAGGCUAGCACAAGAAAUUGCUGCUCUCUCUUGCUUUAGUGUUUGAGAUUUGAUAUUUUGUUCUUUUCUGAAAUCUUAACUAGAUCCUUUUCGCAUCAAAUGUGAUUUUGGGAGUGGUGAAGUUUGCAUGCCCUUUCAAUCUAUAUGAAGUACUUCAAUAUUGGUAAAACGUUCUUUCAUUUAAUAAAGAUUCAUACUUUUUUUUUCAGUAUUUAAUGCUAAUUUUUUUUGUCUUCAGUAUGCAUGCUUUGAUAAAUUAUAUUUCAUGUAUUUUCUGCAAUUUGGAAGAGACUGGAAGGGUUGCCUGUGCCACAAUGAAAAAAAGCUUUUUUAAUUACCUUUUUGUCUUUUUGUUUACCGUAGCAAAGAUUGUUCUAGAUUCUCCUGUCCCUGCAACUUUGGAUGGGCUGUGUUGGAACCAUCGUCUGUGGUGUAUUGUUGAGGCUUUUUGCAGCUGCAUACGAAAGUCAUGAGUUUGAUUCCUAAGUGCGGAAGUUUUUUAAAAAUCUCGUGUCUUUGUCCGGCUACUGGGGUAUUAUAUUCCUCACAACCCAGAUUAGCCCUGACAAGCAGGGUGGGAGCAACCUGCCUAUGUGAUCCAAAUUGAGUUGAUAGGGGCUUAAAACAUUUAUAUACGAUUGCAGUACAAUUAAAUAUAUAUACGGUUGGGCCUAGAUUACUCAGACAUGUCAGGGAUUGAGAAAUGUGUUUGAUACUUUCACAAUUCUGAUAAAUUGCAUGAAGGAGAAAUUUGGAGAGACAAUUGAAGAAAAUCAAGGGGAGUAACUGAUGGUACAAUAGUCAGAAAAUAAAUCACUAUUUCAGAUUUAAUUUUGGGAAUUUCCUGCAUUCAACUUUUUAAGUGAUGCCAUCUCCACAUGGCACAAUGCAACGCCACACUGUCUGUUUUUGAUCACGUCACCAUCACCUAAUACUCCCCCUCACUUUACUAGAUAAAUUAGAUUCAAAGAAGUUCUUCUUCAGGUGAAAUGCAAUGAUGGUUCUCGAUUCCAGCAGUGUAUAUGUAUCACACUGGGGGGGGGGGGGGGGGGGGGGGGGAGCCUGGUGGGCUCCUGUAGCCUGUUGCUCUCGAUGAUGAUGGACAUUUUGUUUUCCAGUUGAAUUUUGGACAGUUGUGAGGAAAAACUUGAUCGGAUUUUUCGAGACAAGCUGUACGACAAAUCCUUAUGGAUGGAUGUUUGAGAAAAGAGUCGUCUGUGCAAAGAAAACAUAGUGUUUCUGUCUGGGAAUGCCAUUUUGUACGAGCUAUCUGUGAUUUUGAGUUUUGAGUGUUCGUGUUAUCUGUGCCCAACUGUAUUUAUAUAUAAACAGAGGAGCUGUGUGAGUCUCGUAAAUACAUCUCAGCAGAUGCCACACCAACAUUUUAACAGUUGAAAGGAACAAAAAAUGUCUUUGUCUCCAGAUUGGGGGAAAAAUGCAGAGCCGCUAAUGAUGAGAUUGUCAGUGUUAUUGUUGUCUAGUUCAUGAGAAGGUUUAGCAUUUAUGAAACAAAAGGGGCAUUUAGGAAGUCGUUUUUGUCCAGCUUUCAUUGUUUUUCCUGUCUUUGACAAGACCUGCUGCAAGGCCGAGUUUUAUCUUGGAGAUGACUUGGGUAUUUUGAAGCAACGUAUGUAGUCGCAUUGGAUCUCUAAAAUAUUUCUGAUGUCUGUAACAGGUUAACAAAAGUCUUCUGACUUCGAGAUUUAUUUUUUGGAUAUACUUGUCAAUGUCCAUUCCUGUUUAGAUACCUUUCCUCAAGUUCAGUUUUUUCACAGCAGUGAUCUGGAAGGUUAAAACUGGCCAUAAGUCUCUAGAGGGUCUGUUUAUUUUAUCUAGUUUUGCUAUUGAAGGCUCGUUGUUUGAGAUGUACAAUUCAUAAGUCUUCAGAACAGAGUUUUGAUAUAUAAUUUGUAUUUGUUGUGUAAUGGUCUUUUGUCUGCCGGUAAUUACGCAUGCCCUUUGUGUGAAAGAUGUUAUUACUAAAGGAUGAGUUUUGAAAGGGAGAAGCAAAUGAAAGAGCUAAGAGCAGUGAGGAAACUGGUGCUAACUAAUGCCAUCAUAGAUAGGUGAAUCGAAUACGAUCCCACUACAGCGGCUUGGAAAAAUUCCUGACUUUUCAUUUUCAGUAAAGUGCGAACGGGUGUGGGGUGGGGCAGAGGAGAGGGAACUAUUUUGCAGAGGAUCUGCUAGCACGGGCAUUUUUGACGUAAUGGUACGGCUCUUUGUUGACGCAUGGAAAAGGCCUGAGUUUGACUCCCGUGUAGGGAAGAUUAAAAAAAACAACUGAUUAUGUCCUUCUGUCUGCUGGGAUGUAGUUUCCCUUUCAACAUGAGUUGGCUCUGGCUGGCUGGAUUAAAGCAGCCUGCCUCUUAAAGAAUGUAACUUGGGUUGAUAGAAGAAUAGAACAUGUGAAAUUACAGUGAUAGUCAGGCUCAGGAGUUUUUUUGUGUGGUGGUUUUUGUCAUGGAACUCUUUUGCUUUUAAAAAAAAUACAUGUACUGUUUUUGGAAGCAGCUCUUGAAAGUUACAACGCAACUCUGGAAUAACAGUCAGUUGUGUCCGUUCCUAGGGGGGGAUAUGAAAUUGUAAAAUUAGUUUGUGAAGAAAUGAGUUUGUGAAAUAAGUUUGUGCUAGCUGAUAAGAGUAUAUGUCUGCCAGAGGUCGCGAGUGAGUACCCGCUACAAAGAAAAUAUUAAGGUUGUACUUGUGUAUGUUCUUUAUAUACUUAUUUAUUCUGAUUGUCGCCUUUCAUUUGUCAUGGGAUUGGUUUCAUUGUGCAGUUUAUUGUUUCCUUCUUUCUUAUGACCUUUGUUAUGAUUUCGUUUUUUUAAAUUGUCAGUCUUGAACUCCGUUAAAAGACCAAAAAAAAAAAAAAAUCAAAAUUUUCUGCUUUUAGGAGAUAAUUGUUUCUCUAUCCUUGUUCAAAUCUAAGCAGGCAUUUCAGGUAAGAUGUUAGACU